AUGCAAAAUACAUCAAGUGAAAUAUCUAAUGAUUUGUCUACUCCUCAGAUUGGACUUACUAAUGUCACAUCUAUUACUCUUGAUGCUCAAAUACUUAAGAAGAAAAGAAUGAAUUAUAUUAAAUAUAAUGGUACAACCAAUGUUCCUUUUUUACCACCAACCGGAAAACUAAUAAUAGUAAUAGGAAGUGUAUCAACUACGGUUCAAGUUAAUCCAUCUUCAUCAGUACCUUAUGGAAGUUAUUCAUUAUACGCUCCGUCUGUUAUUUCAUCAAUGGGUCAUUUUGAGUUGAGGUUUUAUACUAAAUUUAAACAACUUAAAAAUAAGUAA